CCCACCAUAGUUGUCUGUCUGUAGCCUACAACUGGCCCCUCUCUCUGCAGUAUGCAUGUUCGCCAGGGGAUCCGCGAACCGCUCACGACCCAACGCACGUUACCGGUGAGAAACCCCCCAGCAACCAAGAGUCAAGCAUAAUCGAUUUGGAUGUGGCAGAUGCACAAGCACUUGAGAAUUGGAAUACGUUGGAAAGCCCGAGCGACCGGAGCAGCUGUGUGCAAGAGGAAUACUUGUAUUCGGGGGUGUUGCUCUCUACUUAACGUGGACAAUCAUGCAUGUGCUGUUUUGGGGACUAGGGUUUCUGCUAUUUCUCCCUGACGUUUUGAAUGUAGUGUUAUCCACGGAGAAAUCGCUAUUGAAUUCAAGAAAAGCUAAAGUGUCUGAGCAGCUUGGCGCAUACGAGAUUGUAACUCCGGCGCGAGUGAAUGAAGCCGGUGACAACUUUCCCACGAGCGUGCACUUCAAAAGGAAACGGCGGAGUGUGGACGAUAUCCCUGGCAACGCCUCUGAUCAAUGGGACUCUCCAACAAUCCAUUACAAAAUAUCUGCUUUCGGACAGAGCUAUCACCUCAACCUGACACUCGAGUCCGGAUUUAUUGCUCCGCUAUACACUGUGACAGUACUAGGAGCACUUACCGAUAGUAACAUAACGGAUUUCACACCGGAGGUGGAGGCGGAGGAGGAUACGGAGUAUCAGCAUUGCUUCUAUAAAGGAYAUGUGAAUGCUCAAACGGAGCACACCGCAGUCAUCAGUCUCUGCUCUGGAUUGCUUGGCACUUUCAGGUCACCAGAAGGGGAGUUUUUUGUGGAGCCCCUUCACAGCUACAAUGGAGAACACUAUGAAGAAGAACACACCAAACCUCAUAUUGUGUACAGGAAGAAGGCCCCCAAGAAAGAGGCAGCCAGGGAGGACACUGCUUGUGACACAUCAGGACAGAAACACAGACACAAGAGGAACAGGGACAAGGUGAGGAGACGUCCGAUGGCCAGCAGUAGCGACAUGCUGAAUGACCUGGAGAGCCUGUCUGCCGAUCCCCUCUCCAGAUCAGAAAGAGAGAGCAGCAGACGGCCGGCUAAUGAAAGCAGCGGUGACUCAGGACCUCACAGGAGAUCAAAGCGCUUCCUCUCCUAUCCCCGCUUUGUAGAAGUCAUGGUGGUGGCAGACAGCAAGAUGGUGGAACAUCACGGGAGCAACCUUCAGCACUACAUUCUCACGUUAAUGUCCAUCGUGUCUUCCAUCUACAAGGAUCCCAGCAUCGGAAAUCUUAUUAACAUUGUGAUUGUGAAGUUAGUCAUAAUCAACAAUGAGCUGGAUGGCCCUACCAUUUCCUUCAAUGCACAGACCACUUUAAAGAACUUCUGUAUCUGGCAACAGAGGCAAAAUCACCAAGAUGAGAAUCAUCACUCCCACCACGACACAGCCAUUCUCAUCACCAGGCAGGACAUCUGUCGAGCGCGGGACAAGUGUGACACAUUAGGGCUUGCAGAGCUGGGUACAGUGUGUGAUCCAUACAGAAGUUGCAGUAUUAGUGAGGACAAUGGACUCAGCACUGCGUUUACUAUCGCCCAUGAACUGGGCCAUGUAUUCAACAUGCCCCAUGAUGACAGCAACAAGUGCAAAGAGGAGGGGGUUAAAAUACAGCAGCAUGUGAUGGCGCCCACACUCAACCACUACACUAACCCCUGGAUGUGGUCCAAGUGUAGCAGGAAAUACAUCACAGAGUUCCUUGACACAGGGUAUGGCGAGUGCUUACUUGAUGAGCCCAUUUCUAGGCCAUACAGUCUGUCACAGCAGCUGCCUGGACGGAUAUACAAUGUCAAUAAACAAUGUGAAUUGAUAUUUGGGCCGGGGACACAGGUGUGCCCAUAUAUGGUCCAGUGCCGCAGGCUGUGGUGCACCAGCCCAGAGGGGGCCCAGAGGGGCUGCAGGACCCAACACAUGCCCUGGGCCGACGGAACAGAGUGCUCUCCAGGAAAGCACUGUAAACAUGGCCAGUGCAUUACCAAGAGCCACGAUGCCACAGCAGUGCAGGGGGCGUGGGGAGGCUGGUCUCCGUUUGGCUCCUGCUCGCGGACGUGUGGCGGGGGCAUCAAAAUCGCCGACCGCGAGUGCAACCAACCCAUGCCCAAGAACGGGGGGAAGUACUGUGUGGGGCGCAGGAUGAAGUUCCGCUCAUGUAACUCAGAGCCCUGCUCCAAGCAGAAGAGGGACUUCAGAGAGGAGCAGUGUGCAGCCUUCGACGGCCGGCACUUCAACAUCAACGGUCUACCUCCUAAUGUGCGCUGGGUACCCAAGUACAGCGGAAUUCAGAUGAAGGAUCGCUGUAAGCUGUUUUGCAGGGUGGCUGGCAGCACCGCCUACUAUCAGCUCAGGGAUCGGGUCAUCGACGGCACGCCAUGUGGCCCCGACACCAACGACAUCUGUGUGCAGGGCCUGUGCAGGCAAGCGGGAUGUGACCAUGUCUUGAAUUCCAAGGCGAGGAGAGAUAAGUGUGGUGUGUGUGGCGGUGACAACUCCUCGUGCAAGACCGUGGCAGGCACCUUCAACAUGGUGCGCUACGGAUACAACGAAGUGGUGAGAAUACCCAGUGGUGCUACAAAUAUUGAUGUUCGUCAACACAGCUACUCAGGGAAACCAGAAGACGAUAACUACCUCGCUGUUUCAAACAUCAGAGGGGAGUAUCUGCUCAAUGGAGAGUUUGUGGUUAGCAUGUUUAAAAGGGAAAUCAAACUGGGCAACACCAUCAUCGAGUACAGCGGAUCUGACCACAUCAUUGAGAGAAUCAAUUGCACUGACCGCAUCGAAGAAGAGAUCAUUGUCCAGGUGCUUUCUGUAGGUAACUUGUACAACCCAGACGUCAGGUACUCCUAUAACAUCCCUAUCGAGGAUAAACCCCAGCAGUUCAUCUGGGACGCCUACGGGCCCUGGCAGGAGUGCAGCAGGCCCUGCCAAGGAGAGCGUAAGAGGAAGAUCCUGUGUAGUAGAGAGUCGGACCGUGUGGUGGUCUCAGACCAGAGGUGCCAUGGGGCUGCCAGACCAGCCAUGGUCACAGAACCCUGCAACGCAGACUGUGAAAUCAGGUGGCAUGUAGCGCGGAAGAGUGAGUGUACAGUCCCAUGUGGAGUGGGAUAUCGUACACUGGAGAUCUACUGCGCCAAACUCAGCCGUACCGAUGGAAAGACCCAGAAGGUGGACGAGCGUUAUUGCAGCAGUCAACGUAAACCUGAGGACAAGGAGAGUUGCCAUGGUGACUGUAACCCGGCCGGUUGGGAGUACUCCUCUUGGUCAGAGUGCUCCAAAAGCUGUGGCGGAGGGUCCCGGCGUCGUGCAGCCGUGUGUGGGAAGUCCUCUGAGGCAGAAAGUGAUGAGAGUAAGUGCAGCCAGAGAGACAAGCUGACCACCGCCCAGAACUGCAAUGAGUUCCUGUGUCCCGCGUGGAAGACCGGAGACUGGUCUGAGUGCCCAGUGACGUGUGGGAAAGGGUACAAGCACCGGCAGACAUGGUGCCAGUUUGCGGAGGACCGACGGGACGACCGCUUCUGUGACUCUGCGUCCAAGCCUGAGUCGGUCCAGACGUGUCAGCAGCAGGACUGUGCCUCGUGGCAGGUCGGACCUUGGGGCCAGUGCACUACCUCGUGUGGACCAGGCUACCAGAUGCGAGCGGUGAAGUGCGUUGUGAGGUCAUAUGGGUCUGUCAUGGACGACACUGAAUGUAACGCGGCCACACGGCCCACUGACACUCAGGACUGUGAACCGGCCCAGUGUCCUGUCAGCCACCCAGUUCCCCCUGGGACCAAAGUCCCCUCACACCUUUCACACAAAACCCAGUGGAGGUUCGGCUCUUGGACACAGUGUAGCUCCACCUGCGGCAAAGGGACCCGGAUGCGCUAUGUUAGUUGCCGUGACAUCCAGGGUGGGGUUGCAGAGGAUUCUGCCUGCUCCCACCUGGUCAAGCCCCCAGCCAGCGACGGGUGCAUUGUAGUGCACUGCGGACAGUGGAAGGUCCUAGAAUGGACUUCAUGCUCUGUAUCUGCGGGCAGGGGAAGACCACUCGCCAGGUGGUGGUGUUUGAAUAGUGACCAGAUAGUGGAUGUGGUGGAGUGUGACCCUGACGACCGUCCAGCCACAGAGCAGGAGUGUGCCAUGUCCCAGUGCCCUGCUCUCCGCUCCAGUGAUUCUCGACCCUUCCCCUCGCCCAGCGGGGGCGUCCGCAACAACCUGCCCACGGCUGCCGAUGGGCGCAGCGGAGGACGAACCCAGGCCCACCAAUGGAGGACAGGACCCUGGGGAGCGUGCUCGAGCACAUGUGCGGGUGGCUUCCAGAGGCGUGUGGUGGUGUGCCAAGAUGAGAAUGGUUAUGCUGCCAACAACUGUGAAGAUCGCUCCAAACCCAUCGAGCAGCGCUCCUGUGAGUCCGGACCCUGUCCACAGUGGGUCUACGGGAACUGGGGAGAGUGUACCACGCCGUGUGGUGGAGGAAUAAAGACACGGCUGGUGGUGUGUCAAAGGCCCAACGGAGAACGCUUUAACGAUCUGAGCUGUGAGAUUCUAGAAAAACCGCCCGACCGUGAGCAGUGCAAUACUCAUGCGUGCCCGUCUAGCCCCCAUUGGAGCACAGACCCAUGGAGCUCGGUGCGCUCGUAAAUAUACAUGUUUUCUUCCGCCAUCUUUUUUAAAAGUCCUCUCAUUUCAAUACACACAAUGACAAACAAACAAUCACACUUGAGAGAGCAGGUUGUUUCUGUAGCGCUUACAUGCUGGAAACUCCACUUUCCAUUUCACUGUUACCCUUCACUUGGCACCUGAGACUUGUCAUCCUUCUAGAGACAGUUCGGAAUUGAUUUCUGUUCCACAUAAGAGACAGGACACACACACAAUACACACAACACACCAAAAAGUACAACAUAUGAAAAGCUUAAUUGACAGUUGUGACCAUAAGAACACUUUCUCUGUUAUAAGUCUUAGUGUUAAAAAUUCAGGAUCAGUUUGUAUCAAAAUCAAAGCUAGUUUGUAAAAUAUUGUUUUAAAAGAUAAUUUAUUACUUAAGAGUUUUUCUUCUUCGUUUCCUAUGUAUAUAGAAUUGACAUCCAAAGUUUCUGUGAUUGCUCUUUGUAAUCGCACACUUAGUCAUUCGUUGUUCAUAUGCAAAUAUUGAUCAAUGUUUCUGUAUAUCAGGAGUUUAAGAUGCAUAGUUUUUUUUUGUUAACACCCAAAGAAUGGACAUAUACUCGAGUGUUGUUGCUAUUCAUACUCUUUUUUUUAACGUGUUGCAAAGAAAAUUUGUUUUUAUGUACUCUAGAGAUGGAUACAUCAUUCUAAUGCUAAAGCUUUAUUGACCAUCAUAACUGUAAAAAUGUAAUUUGUCUUAAAGUGUGUAAUAUGCAGUUCAAACAAUAACAAAGCACCACCCCCACAACUCUGUUUCGGUAAACAUCUAAGGGGUGGGGCUGGAUAAAUGUAACCACUCUUAAAUGCAUACACAUAGCUAUGGAUGCAAGGACUGACCAUCCAUGACAUGAAAAUUAUAGU